UAUUCCUGUAGUUAAUCGUAUUUUUCGUGUAGAAACUGCAUUUAUCGUGUAUAUUAUUUGUUUCAUAUGAUCACAGUUUAUACCUUUCUUUUUGGGACCACUGUAUAACACAUUUGACAUUUGUUAUGAGCGGUGCGGUGUGUAAAAGGGGCAGGUUGAAUUUAAAAAUUAUUUAAGGGUAGUUGGGGGUUUUCAGGUAAAUUAUGUCAAAACCCGAAGUCAUGUCAAAACAAAAAGAAAAUAAAUGGACUAAUUAUGCACUCAGAAUUAUAGUAAACACAGCAUCGCACCCUUUUGAAUACGCCAAAGUUCUAAUACAGAUUGGUUAUGAGCCCAUUUCUCCAAAACCAGCCAAAACAUUGUUUGGUAAACCUGCACUCAAGCUUCCAAAUAUUUUUGAAUAUGUGAAACACAUUAAAACAGUUGAUGGAUUCUAUGGAUUAUAUAAUGGUUUAGCCCCUAAAGUAUGUGGAAACUUGCUAAGUGCAUUGGCUGCACAAAAAUGUUCAGAGUAUUUAAAGGUACCUGAGACAGAUGAUUUAGAUUUUGAGGAAGAGGAAGAAACUGAAGAGCAAAGAAAACAGAAAUGGAUUGCUUUAUUAAAAUAUGAUGUAAUAACGCACACAGCAGCUAUUGUUGUUAGUCAGCCUUUUCAUGUUAUAACCAUAAGAAUGAUGGCGCAGUUCGUUGGGCGAGAAGCAAAAUACACGGGUAUAUUUUCGUCAGUAAAGGAAAUCUACAACCAGAAUGGUAUUUUGGGAUUCUUUAGUGGAUUAGUACCAAGACUGUUGGGCGAUAUACUCGCUUUACUUUUAGCAAGUAGUCUUACAUAUGCAUUAAAUCGGUAUCUGGUUGAAGAAAAGGAGUUGAAAGUUUAUACAUCAGCGACUAUGAAUUUUAUAUCUGCCGCUAUUAUGUACCCAUUCCAAGUCGUAUCAAAUUGUAUGGCUGUAACAAACUCAGGCUUGAUUGUUGGGUCUCCUGGAUUUAUGCCACAUUAUACUUCUUGGAUAGACUGCUGGAUGGACUUAUCUAGGAGACACCAACUUAAGAGAGGAUCUAGUCUGCUUGUACGUUAUUAUACAGGACCACAUGUGAUUGUUAGUGGUAAACUGGUGGCUGUUGAUAAAGUACCUCAAGUUUUGUCGUAAUUAAAGACACAUUGUGAUUUCUUAGUGCUUUUAGCUGUUUUAUAAAUAACAUGAAAUUGUUCCAUGUAAAUAAAUAGAUCCUCUUAUA